GGUUCUGAAGUUCAUGCUUGAUUGCACCCACCCUAUAGAAGAUGGAAUCAUGGAUGCUGCCAAUUUUGAGCAGUUUUUGCAAGAAAGGAUCAAAGUGAACUGAAAAGCUGGGAACUUUGGUGGAGGGAUGGUGACCGUCCAAAGGAGCAAGAGGAUGAUCACCGUGACAUCCGAGGUGCCUUUUUCCAAAAAGUAUUUGAAAUACCUCACCAAAAAAUAUUUGAAGAAGAAUAAUCUUCAUGAUUGGUUGUGCAUAGCUGCUAACCAUAAAGAGAAUUACAAAUUAUGUUACUUCCAAAUUAACCAGGACGAAGAAGAGGAGGAAGACAAGGAUUACAUUUCAUUUAUCUGGAAUAUUUUGUAUGAGCUCUUGAAUAAAACUUGGGAACCCAAUUGGUGGUUUACCGUUGUGUCUCCGCAGUGCGAAUUGAACAGAGAAUUGGAAAUCAUAGUCAAAGGGCUUCCCUUGGGCCACCACUCACUUAUUUGUAACAUGACUUUUUUUUAUUUUUUUCUGCUUGAAAAUUUCAAUUCUUGUCGUAAUACUAGAGUAGAAGGAGAGGGUGACUUUACGGAACUGACAGACAUCGGGCAGGCAGAUGAGGGCGUGGAGAGAGAGAAACAGCGGUCCUUCAGCGUUGCUGCAAAGUCCAUCACUCUCCAUAAAGAGAUGGUUUCCACACCUGACAUUGUGCCCUGCGAGUGGCAUAGCUGGAAAUUCAAUGUUCAAUCCUAUUUUGGCUCCAGUUUAACAUUUGGUGCUCUGUGGACUGAGUUGAACUUGUUGAGGCUUUGCAAUUUCACUUGUGUUAAAGGCUCUAGCAUUUUCCAUUCCUAUGCAGAUUUCUUUGAAGCAGAAUUGUCUGCAUAUUUCUUCUCUGCCUUCACAGAAGGCAAUGUCCCUUACCAUGAUUAUUAA